CCGCGGCAUCCGCCAUCUUCCCGGGUCCGUCCCCAAACGGAGUCCUCCGGGGACGAGCGCCGCGGCGCUGCAGUGCCGGRGGUAGCGCGCAGCUCCGGGGGUCGCGCCAUCGCCGCCCAGCGCGACCCGGGGCAGCGUGAGGGCCGAGUCAGGGAGGGCGGCGGCGGCAGGAGAGGAGACUGCAGCGGCGACGGCAGUGGCGGCGGCGGGCGCUCCACUGCUCCGGGUUGAAGGAACGCGGGUGGCGGGGGAGCCGCUGCCGGUGGCGGACCAGGACGCAGUUCCGGCUGGGCGGCCGGGAGGGGAGCGCAGCGAGGGGAAAAGCUGCGAUGCAAUCUGUUAAAUGCCAGAGUGGCGACCUGAUGCCGUCGAGGACACUGCGCUGCUGAGCGAGGCACUGAGCGACAGCCUGCUUGGYAGCCCUAACCUGGGUGGGUCAGAGCGUCAUCCCAGCUCCAGGCUGUUCCUGCCCAGAGUGCUUUUCCCUGCACCAAGGGUCCUUUGUACCCACAGUACUUGGUGGCCUUCUGGGCUCUGAGCGCGACAGGUGACCCAUGUGAAAAUGCUGCGAUACUGGGGCGAAAUCCCGGUUUCCUCCAACCAGGCCAACCGCAGCUCCUUUGACCUGCUGCAGCGUGAGUUUCGUACUGUGGAAGUGCAGGACCCUCCCCUGCACCAGCCGUCUGCGAACAAACCCCGUCCGACCACCAUGCUGGACAUCCCCUCCGAGCCCUGCAGCCUCACCAUUCACACCAUCCAGCUCAUCCAGCACAACCGGCGCCUGCGCAGCCUCAUCGCCGCCGCUCAGGCUCAAAACCAGCAGCAAGCAGAGGGCAUAAAAACUGAAGAGAAUGAACCUCUGCCAUCUUGUCCCGCCUCUCCACCUCUCCCCGAUGACCUGCUUCCUCUGGAUAGCAAAACCCCCAAAAUGCCAUUUCAGCUGAGGCACAGUGACCCAGAGAGUGAUUUCUACAGAGGAAAAGGGGAGCCAGUGACAGAGCUGAGUUGGUCCUCYUGCCGGCAGCUUCUGUACCAGUCAAUGGCCACCAUCCUGGCACACACRGGCUUUGAGUGUGCCAACGAGAGUGUCCUGGAGACUCUGACAGACAUCGCCCAUGAGUACUGCCUCAAGUUCACCAAGCUGCUGCGCUUUGCCGUGGAUCGAGAAGCUCGGCUCGGGCACACCCCUUUCCCUGACGUCAUGGAGCAGGUCUUCCAUGAAGUGGGCAUUGGUAGCGUGCUUUCACUGCAGAARUUCUGGCAGCACCGCAUUAAGGAUUACCACAGCUACAUGCUUCAGGUUAGCAAGCAGCUCUCUGAAGAGUAUGAGAAGAUUGUCAACCCUGAAAAGGCAGCAGAAGACACAAAACCUGUGAAGAUUAAGGAGGAACCUGUUAGUGAUAUUACUUUCCCUAUAAGUGAGGAGCUGGAAGGAGAUCUGGCUUCUGGUGACCAGUCUUUGCCUGUUGGAGUUCUUGGAGCUCAAAGUGAGCGCUUCUCUGCCAACUUGGAAGUAGAAGCUUCCCCACAGACUUCAGGGGCUGAAGUGAAUGCGUCCCCACUCUGGAACUUGGCACAGGUGAAAAUGGAGCCACAGGAAAAUGAGGAGGGUAAUGUGCAUGGCCACGGGGUYCUAGGCAGUGAUGUCUUUGAGGAACCGAUGUCAGGCAUGAGUGAAGCUGGGAUGCCACAAAGUCCCAAUGGCUCUGAGAGCAGCUAUGGUUCUCAUUCUGCUGACAGCUUGAUGGGAUCCUCACCCGUGUUCAACCAGCGCUGCAAGAAAAAGAUGAAGAAGAUGUGAAAAGGAACAGUUUAUUUAGUCCUGAUGGUAUGCAACAGACACUUGAAAAAAAAUAGGAGAGUACUGUGAUAAUUCCAACACAGGGCUGGCCCUGGUGUGUGAGGGACCUGCAUAAAAUUACUAUGAGAGGUUUGAUGUGGAGUGCACUUCAGCUUCCCUCUUUGCUGGCUUCUGUACCUCAUCCUGAUCCAURAGACUGAAGAUCACCCUUCAUGUUUGAUGGUGGCAUGGCUUGCUUUGGCAGAUUAAUGAGGAACGUGCCAGUGAAAAGUAGUUGUGAGAAGAUUUGCUGAGUUACAGAACCAUUAAAUAGUUUGGUUUAAAGGGACCUAGUGACGUUUCUACUCCAGCCGCUUGCUCAGAGCUUAGCCAAUUAGAGCAGGUUGCUAAGGGCUAUGUUAAUUUGAGUUAUUGAGUAUCCACAGAGAUGGUGAUGCCAAAUCUCUCUGGGCAACAUUUUCCCAUAUUUGACAACUCUCACAGUAAGACAAAAAAUGUAUUUGCAUCUAGUUGGAAUUUCACAUGUUCCAGCUUGUGUUCACUGCCUCUGGUUCUGUCAUUCAUCUCUGAGAAGAGAUGCCUACUCUAACCCAGCUCUUGAGUGAUUAUAUACAAUGAGAUCUCUGUUUAGCCUUUUCUCCAGUAUGGAGAAACCAUGUUCUCUGAGCUGUCCUUUAUCGUCCUGCACUCCAGCACCCUAACCACCUCUGURACCUUCCACUGAAAUUGCUGCAGUGCCCUUGUAAGGGGGAGCACAAAAGUGGAUGCAGUCCUCAAAACAUGGUCUUACAAUCGCUGAAUAAAGAAGAGUGGUAAUUUCCCAGAGUGCUGUUGUUGCCAGCAAGAGAGUCAUAAGUCAGGGUAUUUUAGUUGGAGAGCAAUCACUGAUGAUGAUAAUGACCUAGCAAAGAUGCUGUAGAGUGGUCUCACAGUGCCAUUAGCCAGCUCCCUCMGUGCCUUCACGUUCAGCCUGUUGGCUUCAAUGGGCUUAAGUUCUCACUAACUCAGUCUUCCUCUGCUGUAGGCAAUGCUUCAUUCCUUCAUGCUGCUAGAAGGCUCAAGGACUUGGCAGGCCUUAAGGCAGAACUUACCAGUGAAAACAGCAAAAAAGGUGUCAUGUAUAUCAGCCUCAAAGUAUGAAGAGCAUCCUUUGUUAACAUAUUGCCUACAUUCUAGAAUGUUAAUAGUUUUUCUUCCUUUUGCUUCCAGUGUACUUYAAGAAGCCCUACUUCACAUUUAUUUCUAGUUUCAACUGCAGCUGAGCUUUGGCUUUCCUAAUURWCCCUGCA